GUCACGGGUUUCCGGUAGAGCUUUUUCCAGCUGCACGCUCCAGGGUGAAACGCGGAGAUUUUGUUGUCUCUUCUCUGCCGCUGCUGCUACUUGAAGUCUUUAAUGAGCCAUAACUGUGUCAAAUGGAGGAAGAGGUUAGAUGAAUAAACCCAGACGGAGCUGCGAAGAGAUAAUUUAACCCGCUGAUGAAAUCGCCAGGAGCUUUAAGUGGACACGCAGAGUCUCUGACGCAAACAUGCUUCUCUUUGUUUUCAUAUGGUGCCGCUGAGAAAUCAGGAAAUACUUCCUGAAACUUAAAGCUGUUCGUCUCUGAGCUGCAAACAGGCUGGGAGAGGGGUAAAAGAAACAGCACAUGGAUGUCUGGAAAGAAAAAACAUCAAAAAGACGAUCCAAGGAGGGUUCCUAAGGCUGCAGCAUCCACAUUGGAGUAAAAAAAGUCUGGUUGGACAAGAGGAGGUUCAAGAGACUAUGGAACUGAAAGAUGAAGAAAAGGAAGUCAGGAUCAACGCCACUGCUGAAACUGUGAAAACUGAAGAUGGUGAAAACAAACUUGAGUCUUCACUGCUUAAUCAAGUCAAAAUUGAAGAAGAUGUGAAGGCAGAACCUUCAACGAACAGCUCUGCUCAGCAGAUAAAAACAGAAACAGAAGGAGACCACUGUGGAGGACUGGAUCCAGACAAUCACCCUGAUCCAAAUAAUAACUUAAAACUAAAUUCAAAUGAAAAUGAUUCACCAUCUUCAGAAACUGAUGUAAGCAGCAACGAUUACUGGCAAACAUCUGCUUGUUCUGGAUCCGAAAUGGAAAGCAGUGCUUGGAAGCAGACCAUUAUACUUGAGCAAGGUGGAAAAAAAAAUGUAGCCUGUAAAUCUGCUGCAACAUCCUUCAGCUGCUCCGAGUGCGGUAAACAGUAUCGCCACAAGUGGUCCCUUAAGAAGCACCUGGGGGUCCACUCCGGAGAAAGGCGUUUUCUCUGUAAAAAUUGCAGUGAAACCUUUAGCGAAUAUGUGCAACUGAGGACACAUAUGAAAAUACAUGCAGAUGAGAAACCUUUCCUCUGUGAUAUUUGUGGUAAAGGUUUUCGCAGAAUGAGCGACCGCAAAGCACAUCUCAGAAUUCAUGCUGAAGAAAAGCCACUUUCCUGUAGCAAAUGUGGAAAAGGAUUUUAUUAUCAGAUGAACCUUAACAAACACAUGAAAGUCCACAGAGACAAACCUUUCAGCUGUGAUCUGUGUGGUAAAACAUUUAAUGCUAAAUCACGUCUUAGGAUGCACACGCAAAACCACACUAAAGACAAACCAUUUAGCUGUGGGGAUUGUGGGAAAAGUUUUAAUUUUAAGUCACUGCUAAAGACUCAUAUGAUCACCCAUUCUGUAGAGAAACCUUUUAGUUGUGAUGUUUGUCGUAAAAGGUUUCGGGCAGAAGAGCAUCGUGAGACACACAUGAGAAUCCACACUGGAGAGAAACUUUUUGACUGCGGUUUUUGUGGUAAAAAAUUUCUCCGCAGCGCAAAUCUUAAGACGCACGUAAGAAUCCACACAGGAGAGAAACCAUUUAUUUGUGAUUUCUGUGGCAAAAGUUUUAGUUCUCAAGGGAGUCUUGUGAAUCACAUGGUGGUCCAUGCAGCUGAAAAACCUUUUGUUUGUGAUGUUUGUGGGAAAACAUUUCGCAGACCAGUAGAGCUUAAAAUACACGCAAGGGUGCAUACGGGCGAGAAGCCGUUUGGAUGUGAUAUUUGUGGAAAACAGUUCAGUCAAAGCUCACAUGCUAAGAUACACAUAAGAAUGCACACCGGAGAAAAAUCAUGUGCUUGUCACGUUUGUGGUAAAGCUUUUUGCGAGCGAGGGUCUCUUUCACAGCACAUGAGAGUCCACACAGGAGAAAAACGAUUUACCUGUAAUGUCUGUGACAUGCAUUUUAACCGUAAGUAUAAGCUAACAACUCACAUGAAAACACAUGUAGAAAUUCAGUCUGAUGCAGGAAAACUUAACCAAAGUGGCUCAUGCUGACAAACUUCAGUUUGUGUCAUUUUGUAGCUGUCUAAAUUUGGAUAUUUUUUUUUUUACGUGGCUUCCAUUAUGCUAAGUUUAAAAUUUUUGUAAAUCAUCAUUCCCUCAGGGGAUUUUCAAUAAAUAAAUUUUUCAGAUGGACAAAAACCUACUUCACUUAGUAAGUUUUGCCUCAAUGCUGUGCUCAAAUAUUGGACACCACUUUAGAAAAUGUGCAUCAUUUGUACAUUUAAAACUAGAACAGCCAAGACUUUCAAUAAUUUAAUUACAUAUUCUCCUGUAUGCUGUUUGAGUAGAUUUUUUUUGGAUGCUUCCAAUGUGAAAUUAAAGGUGUGUAAGAUUAGACCUUUUAUGAUGUUCAGACCGGAGACCAAGGCAUUUACAGACAGACUGGCAGAUGUUCAUAUUUUCAUUGAGAGGAAGUUGACAUAGUUGGAAUUUGAAAAUCAGUGGGGAAAAUUAGGAUUGAGUGCUUUGGAGAUAAAGUUGGCAGUGAAAGGCCGAGACGUCUUGGACAUGUGAAGAAGUGGGACAGUGGAUAUAUUGCAUAAAUAACGUGAAAGACGAAAAUGGUGAGUAUGUAAAGGGUUUCAUAAAUUAUCUUGAAGUCUGAAAGUAUGAAUUUACCUGUCAUUUUCCAGAUUUGGAUAAAUAUGAAAUGAACUGGAGAAUGGAAAAAUGUUUGAGUUUUCAGGCUUCAAUUCUUGUUCGGUUAUACUUCAUUUCUUAAGUGUGACACUUAGUGAUUUUAAAAUCAAUUUACAUCCAUUUUGUUGAAAUUGCUGCUGCUAAACUCAAUUUCUGUUAAACGUAUUGACCAGGUUGGUUUUACAGAAAAUCUAUUUUAGUUUGUUUUUAGGAUUCAGAUCCAGGAAGAAAUGGGUUUUUAUCAAUUUCCUAUUUUUUUUUAUAAGGCAUUAUAAAUUUUACCUAUGUUCAAAUAAAGAAUAUUUCAAACCAGCCAACUUAUUUGCAUGAGAGAUUUUAAACAAUCCACAGAUUUUGCGAUAGGUUGCAAGGAUCCGUGUAGAGACCUAUCGCCUUUAAGUCAGCCUGAUGUUGUUAUAGGUUGCAGAACAAUAGAAUAAGCUUCCUGUUUCUGUCACUGUUUUUUUUUUAUCUACAGAAAUCUGAUCAGUCCUGGGAUUGAAAAGGACACAAUGCACUAUUUUUAAUAACUGCACAGUAUUAUUGUCUGAUGUAAAUUUUCCUCUAGUCUCUUUUUACAGCUUUACCUUUGUGUGAAUAUGCAUGCUUUUACUGAUCUUUAAUCUGCUGCUGGCACACCUGAAUUUUCCCACUGUAGGACAAUAAAAUAUAAUAUUCUUUUCUAUUUCACCUACAUCUUCAUUUAAUUGUAAAAUAAUUCAAGGGUCACAGUUCAUCCAGAUAACUUUUUUACAACCCAGAAUUGCAAUAGUAAAUUGAUAUAUAAAUAAGUAAUAUGAAAAGACCUUCCAAUCUUCCUUGAGAAAGAAUUUUCUUCA